UCAGAAGCAAGCGGGCGUUCUUCAAACUGCAAACACAAAUUGUCUCAGCCAUGCUACAAUGAUGUUGAAAUGUUUGAGAGGUCGGACACAGGCGAGAGCGUAUCGGGAGAUGGAGAUCAACAAGACCUCCCUCGUCCUUGGCCUGAUCUCAAAACAUAGAAACUAACUCCCUUGGUUUUCUUGGUCAUAAAUACAUUAAGCAACUGAAUGUACAUGAGCUCAUUUUUGUACUAUAUGAUUCUAACACUGAUAUAAACAAACUAAAACCCUCAGAAAGACUCAGGAAUGUUCACAGCGUAAACCUGAACAAAGUUAUUACGAUUAUUAUGCUAUGUUUAUAAAAAUCUUUUAAUAUAAACAUUUUUUAAAUAUUUGCUCUAAAUUAGAAAACACAAACUACAUAAAAUCCAAAAUCUCUAUCAGCAGCGAUAACUACUGUAAUUAUAAACUGCAAUAUGCAUUGAAAUAUCCAAGAUGUAUUUAACUGUCUGUCACAUCACCAUUAUUGAAUAAUAAUUGUACUGUGAUAUACUGAUAUUGAAUUGUUGCCCUACUCUUAUAUAAUUAAAGAUUAUCCAAGGGUAUAAUAGAAGAUAUAUGAUUUAUAUUCAUAUAUCUUGUUGGACCUUAUUGUCAAUCAUAAAAAAUCCACCUUUUUGGCUGAUAGCCUGCCAGCUCAUUAUUUAUCCAACAUUAUAAGAGAAAUGAGCCAUCGUGUUCUUCUGUGCUGUAGUUGGGAAGUGAGCCCACAGCCCCAUGUCUGCGGAGGCUUCAGUCGGCCGUCAUGAUGGCGACUCCGUCCAGUCUGCCGUUCCCCCGCCCGCCUGCCGCAGCACAGAUGAGCGCAGAAAUCCGGGUCUGAUGGGGAGCAAGUACGUCAAGCUGAAUGUUGGUGGCUCCAUACAUUAUACGACCAUCCAGACGCUAAGCAAAGAGGACAGUCUUCUGCGAAGCAUUUGCACCGGAGCAACAGAUGUUACCAUAGACUCUGAAGGUUGGGUGGUUUUGGAAAGGUCCGGCAGACAUUUUGGGUUGGUGUUGAACUUCCUGCGCGAUGGCUCGGUACCACUUCCAGAAGACCACAGAGAACUUGAUGAGGUCCUGAAGGAGGCCCAGUACUACAGAGUACAGGGACUCGUCCAGCACUGCCUCACUGCCAUGCAGGUAGGAGGAAGAACUGAGGUUUUUAUUGACAAGAGCUGCAUGCAGAUAAAGAAAAAAGAAAAAAAAAGUGAAAAUAGUUUGUUUUUAUCAUACUUAACGUAUUAGUCAAUGUGUUGAGCUAUUUUGGACUUUUUCAUUGGGCAGGGUUAGUUAUUGCCUAUUUAUUCAUUUUAUUCAUUAUGUGUCCUGUAAUAAUAACUAACUGGACAGUUUACUUUUAUUAUAGAUAUUGCAGAAGUAACUGCUUUGUCUCCAUUGAACUGUUAAAAGGAAACCUGCUCUGGAAUUUUACUUAAACUGUCAACAGAAAAGUUCAGUUCCGGACUUUUAUGUUCAGCAACAUUUUGCUUAAUAUUGCCAAUAUGUUCUGGUCCUUUUGCAGUCUUGCUGAUUUUUAUUGUUUUUAUGUUUGUAUAAAGAAUUGUGCUAUUGCAAGUCAAUCUUAACACUUGGGGGGCUGUUUAAAUUGGUUUGAGUGAAUUCUAAAAGGUUUGCAGAAUAUUAACCACUUGAGUGUUACUUUAGUCAACUUUUCUCAGGUACUGAAUUAGGCCAUGACAAAAAACCGAUUCAAUUAAUUAAUUUGAAUUUCUUGUUGCAAAUGAUUAAAAUAAAAGAUUGUUUUGUUAAACGCUGCAAUUUUGGCUCCCUGGAGCUUCCAGAGCUGUAGUAUUACUCAAUGGUGCAUUUCGGUAAACGACAACAUGGCUACUAGUGAGAGUGGGAAGUUAGUCCUUAAAAAAAGGAAUAAAAUCAUCUGUUGUUUGGAACUGGUUUGGGUUUGCUGCAACAGAUGUAGAGCAAGAAACCCCACGCAUAUGGAGGACCAACUCUGCCAUAUUUAAAAAUAAAUACAGAAAUAAAUAAAUGCUCAAUAAAUAUAUAAGCAAAUAU